GCAAAGCCCCGUAGUGGCCCCGUCAACAGCCGGAUAAACCCCUCCAAAAGCAAAGCCCCCAUCGGCAGGUCCCAAUUUUGCGCACACCACAGCUUUCGCUUGCUCUCUUUCCCUGCUAUUUUUUUGCGACGCAGCGAGUCUCAAGCUUGCUCUAACAUCUGCACCAGCCAAAAACACCCCAAGAAUCGCUUUCGAGCUCCAUCAAUUGCCCACCAUGUCGGAGACAAAGGAAGUCGACUACUCCCUCAACAACCCGGAUACUCUCACCAAGUACAAGACCGCGGCCCAGAUCUCCGAAAAGGUCCUGGCCGCUGUGUCUGAGCUCUGCGUGCCCGGCGCAAAGAUUGUCGAUAUCUGCCAGCAGGGUGACAAGCUGCUCGAAGAGGAGCUUGCCAAGGUCUACCGUGGAAAGAAGAUUGUCAAGGGUUUCUCUCACCCGACCACUGUUUCCCCUUCGUCUUACGUGACCCCCUACACUCCCCUCACCACUGAUGAGAGCGAGGCUUCAAUCGAGAUCAAGGAGGGCGAGGCCAUCAAGAUCCAGCUCGGAGCUCAGAUUGACGGAUUUGGUUCCAUUGUCUGCAACACUGUCCUCGCCACCUCCAAGGACAAGGCUGCUGAGCCUGUUACCGGACGCGACGCUGACCUGAUCCUCGCCACCCACUACGCUAAUGAGCUUCUCCUCCGCUUGAUGAUCCCCCCGGGUCUUCUCGCCCAGGGUACCGACGAAGAGAAGGCCAAGGCCGCCUCCCAGAAGGCCCCCACCCAGUCCAAGAUCAGCAGCCUGUUGGAGAAGGUGUGCGAAGCCUACGACACCAAGCUGGUCGAGAGCACCACUUCUUGGCUGUUUGCCCGCAACGAGAUUGAAGGAGCCAAGAAGAUUGUUGUUGCCCCCGCCGAGGGAACCAAGGGCGAGGGUGUCCCCGAAGUGGGCGAGGUCUGGGGCGUCGAGACCGGUGUGAGCUUGGGCUCUGGAAAGGUCAAGACCUUGGACCACCGUGCAACUCUCCACCGCCGAACCACCCAGACUUACCAGCUGAAGCGUCCCACCUCCCGAAAGAUUCUUUCCGAAGUCGUCAAGAAGUUUGGCACCUUCCCCUUCAGCUUGAGACAGUUGGAAGACGAGCGUGAUGCCAAGUCUGGCGUUGUCGAGUGUGUGCGAAACAACGUUUUCCGCCAGUACGAGAUGGUUGGUGACAAGGACAACUCCCCCGUCGCCAGACUCCUUACAACCUUUGCCAUCACCAAGAAUGGCAUCACCAAGCUGGGUGGCCCCCCUGAGCUCGAUCUGAGCAAGUACCAGACUGACAAGAAGAUCACGGACGAGGAAAUUCUGAAAAUCCUCGAGCAGCCCCUGGCCAGGAAUACCGGAAAGAAGAAGCCCAAGAACAAGAAGAAGAAGGCUGAUGGAACUGCCGAGGAGGCUGAUGCGGAGUAAAGCAUCGAAAACAAAGAGUUUUUUGUAAAGGGCCGCCCGGAAGUGGGAUUCCGCCUGGUUGAUAUAUAGGCAGAAUAUCCACUCGACAAGAAAAAACAAAGAAAAGAGAAACGAAAUAUUGGCUUCGCGAUUUGUGAAAGCCCAGGCGCCGAUUUUCUGCAAGUGCAACCUGUCUAGUGAUGAGAGAGCUUACGAAUUUAGUGAAGCGAGGCAGUAUAACCGGCAUCAGACAACAAACUCAUUUCAAGGCAAACUUUUGCUGCUACUGGUUUGCUACGUGUAUUUCAACUUGGACACAGAGAGAUACGAGAGGACGAUGACGGCGGUUGUUUAGAGGUGAAGGCAGUGUAACAGGAAGUGACGUUAUCUUGCCAAGAAGAUGAGAAAGAAAUGAGGAAAAAAAAAGAUAAGAUAGAGGAAAUAUGCAAAGGGGCAACAUGGAGAUUAAUUAUGAAAGCAGCGCGGAGUAUGGGUUUGUUUCCCAUAGGUUCGCCUCGAUAUGAAGCGAUAUGAUUGGGCAUGAUUGCUGCUCAUCAUCGUUCAAGAGCCGAGCGGGGACAAAGGCCAUGGCAGGACUCGAACACCAAGGAAGCCAACCAGGCCGUCUUUACUCGUCAUACAGAGGCAACAGGCGAGGCUGGCGGCAGUGG